AAAAAGUUUGACAAAUGGACAAGUGAGAUUCGGUGUGUCUGCGAGGUUUUAUUUAUCAGUUACGUUAAAUUUGUGAUAUAUUUUAAAUACAAAUGAAAACAUGACACUCAGAGAUAAUCUCAAAGAUUUGGGAUGGCACUUAAGUCAAGAUGGUAUUGAUAUUAUUAGUGAAAAUGGUCAAAUACAAGAUGUAAAUAUCCUAAGCAGAAGAGCUUUAGAUUUUGACUUAAGAGAUAUUGGUGACACAGCAUUUCCUGAAGAGUUUACUAAAGAUCCUACUAAAUUGGAGAAGCCAAUAGUUGUUCAAAUUCAAAAGAUCAGAAAUGUAGCUGCUCCUAAAGCCAAUGAAGAAUCAACUUCUGCUCCUCGGAUGCUAAAGUUGACGUUACACGAUGGAAAGUCAACAUGUGUAGGUUUAGAAACAAGUCCAAUCCCAAGUCUUAGUAUUAAUACUCCACCCGGCACAAAGUUGCUACUAAAGAAUGAAGAUCUAGAAGUGUGUCAUGGAGUAAUAUGGCUGACACCGGCUGUAAUAUCAGUUUUGGGGGGAAAAGUUUCUCUCAUGAUUGAAAAAUGGGAACUAAAUCGUAGCCUAGCUAAACAUACAAGGGGUGGUAUAGGAGUUGAUGGUGGUCCUCCUCCUUGGAUAGCAUUUGGACAAAGAUUGGAAGCCCUGCCUGUAGAUAAACAAUUUAAGAGUUUGCAAGAAGCAGCAAAACAAGAUAAUGCUGAAUUUGAAGCUCAGAGGAAAGGAGCUAUUGCGGAGGCACAAAGAAUGUCUGGUGUCAAAAAAGUAUUCGGCGGAGGAACUAAGCCACUGUUAGAUGCAAAUGUGCAAAAAAUUGUUGAUGCUGGAUUUUCUGAGGAACAGGCUGAAAAUGCUCUCAAAUAUACCAAGAACAAUGUUGAGAGGGCACUUAGGAUAUUGCAAAAAAGAGAUAAUUCUGAAAAUAGAAGUAAAGAAAAACCAAAAGAACCAGAUCAACCAAAACGGAAAGGAAGAAAUAAGGAAAUAAAUGAUGAAGAUGGUAUUCCAGUUAAACCAUCAGGGAAAGUGUCAUUGUUUGACUUCUUAGAAGAUAAAUUGCCUAAUGUACCAGAUAAAGACAAGAAUAGUCGCAGGGAAUAUAACACACCUUCGGAAGACAGAGGUGAUAGAGGCUAUGGAAAUAGAGACCGAAACAGUGCCAAAAACAACUCACGAUCACAUGGGUCUAGAUAUGAUGGCCCCAGACAUCGAUCAGAUAGAGGUCACUAUUCAAAUGACAAUUACCACAAUUCACACAGAGAAGAUAGAAAAUACCAAACACAGAAUGAAAAACCACCAAGAUUUCAAAGGAAGUUAGAAGAAAAAAAUAAACAACAACAUCCAGCCAAUCUAUAUAUAAAUAAUAUGAAUUUACAUUAUAACAAUGCAUAUCAGUCUCAUACCCAAUAUCCUGAAAUUAAUAUGAGAAAUGAAGGAAACUUUAAUGACAAUAACAUGAAUCAGCCACCUGGUUUUCGUAAUAAUAUAAACCCCAUGGAUAACUUAGUUGAUGCUACAGCUAAUUUAAAUUUACUUACAAGUCAAACACGGUCUAGUGAGGAACUAUCACCUGGUAGGAAUUAUCAAAAUUAUCCUGAGCAAGCUUAUGCUCCAAAACAAUCAUAUAUGCCAAAUCAGAAUAUGCCAGAUGUACCACCAUUUAGGAGAAACAAUGAUGUUCAGAAGUAUCAGGAUCAGCAGUACCAACGUAGGCAACAACAAACGGUACAGCAGCAGCAGCAGCAACAACAACAACAACAACAACAACAACAGCAGCAGCAUAAUGGAUAUAUGGAACCUCAGCAGAAUCCCAUGUAUUCAAAUAUGAACUAUAUGAGUGGCACUCAAGGUGGCUUCAGUGGGCGUCAAUAUGGUUAUGGUUCUAGGCCUCAAGAAUUUAAUACAAUGCGCACUGGAGGACCCUUCUUGCCAGGAUCACUUCUCGGUUUCCAGAAUGCAGCUGUGAAUGAACAGGCUAGAGCUAUGCUUGGUGUUGCUGAUAUAAAUUGGAAAGUUGGAGAUCGUUGCCUUGCCCUAUACUGGGAAGAUAAUAAUUUUUAUGAAGCAGAAAUUACUGGUAUUUCAGCUAAUACAGUUGUAGUCAAAUUUUGUGCAUAUGGUAAUCAUGAAGAAGUUUUAAAGUCUAACUGCUUGCCGUAUCCUAAUCAAGCUGCGUCAGGCAGUGCGGCGUACCCGGCCCGGCGGCCGUAGGGGCGCGGGGCGGCGGCUCCGCACGAUGCGCACGAAGUGCACGACGUGCAGCUCGCGCACUACGCGCUCUUCGCGCACCAAGCGCCCGCCGCCGCCGCCACCCCCAGCUGACGACACCGAGCUCCGCACCAAUACUAAGCGCCUCGCGAUCGUCACUGCGCGUUAUUUACCAUUCUAUAGGUUUUUUUAAUAUCAGUGUCUCUCAUCUCUGUCUAAUGUACAUAUUAUUGAAUACUUUCACUAUGAAAACUGCCAGUAUAACUGAUACGUGCGACUUUUAAUGUAAUUUGUAUUUUUUGAUGAACAAUAUGUAUCUUAGUGAGUUUGGGUGUUAUGAAAUUUGACGAUUUUCAUUAAAGUAUGACUGGCAUUUAAACGUUCAGCCAGUUUAAGCAGUUUGGGUUAGCUCCGAAAUGCAUUUUGUAAGCAAACAGUAUACAUUGAACUGCUUUUAGUAAGUGGCAAAAUAACUUAAUUAAUCAGCAAAUAUUGGACAGCCUUAAAAUGUAUUUCAAAUAAAUUAAAUUUUAGUAACCAACCUGUUGGUAAGUAAAAUAUUUAAUUUUGUUUAUCAAAUAAAAAUCGAGUAACAAACUUAGAGAUAGCAGCUUAUAAAUAUUAUUUUAUGCCAACCGAUUGUAUAAUUCUGCUGACCAAAUUAUAAUGAUGUAUUGGGACUAUUUAUUUUGCAAGCAUGCAUUAUCAAGCUUACUCUAUGAUCUACGUAUUUACUCAUAAUCUCUGAUUAAGUUUCUGACCGAUUGUUUAUACGGUCGACAAAAUAAGUUUUGAGCUCUUCUAACUACUUGCUAACUGAAUAUUAAAAAAAAAUAGUGUUUAUUUACUUGCGUAUUAAAUUACUGGUAAAUUAUUAAAAUAUUGUUUAUUGGUUAAGAAAAAAUAUUAAGUAGUCUAUUUAAUAAUUUUGUUAUGUGAAGAAGUGGAUCUUAUCGUAGUUAAACUGGCGUUUGCGUCAAGGGCAGAGAUGUUAGACGACUAAUGACAUGUGAUUAUAAAAUAACAUUAAACUGUGCAGCUACGAUAUUCUUAUUUUUACUAACAAAUAUGUGUAUUUACCAUAAAUAUUUGUACUCGUGUAUGUAAAAUAAUAUAACUGUUUAGUAAUCAGGGGAUAACUUCAUGUGUUAUAUGUAAUAGAAAAACGACUAUGGAUAGUGUAGCUCAAUUGUUUCUCAUAAUUAUUCUUAUAAUAAAUGUAAGCUCAAACUUUGAUGUAAUACAAACGAAUUGUGUUGUUGGAUGUUGUCACUUGUAUGUUAAGAAACUACUUGAAAUUUUUUUAUACAAAUGAUGUUCUUCCAUUGCAUUUCAUUUCAUGUUGCAUCAUUGUUCUAUUUUCUUACUAACAAUAAUACCUCACUUACCUUACAUGAGUCCUAGUGUUAUUAGUAAAUAGCUCAGUACCAAUAUGUAUUGGUUCAACUGUUAAAUUUAAUUAAUAUUAUUAAUCAAAUAAAUUCCCUUAAACUAAAUUUAUGUGAGGUUUUUAAACGAUGAUUUUCGUUAUAUUGGUAAUAGAACUUAUUUUUAUUCUAAGUUAAAAAUGCAACUUUUUCCAAAUUGUUUUUUUACAUGCUGCACAGUGAAAUGUUUAAUAUACAAAGAUUUGUCAUAAAUGUUAUAAUUUAAGGGAAAACUAAACUAAAAGAUGUAUCUCUCAUGCAUUAAUUUAUUCGGUUUAUAAACAUGUUAUAACCAAGCAUCGUAGUGUAGCUUGUAUAAGUGUAUUAAUUGUAUUUCUAGCGCAAAGUGUGUAAUAUAUUUAUUAUUUAUCGUUUAAAUAUCGAAAUGCAUACAUAGUUUGAGGUGUUUUUAAUUUACCUACUGUAAAGAUUGUAUACCAUACGUAAGAUCACAACAGUUAUUUACUUUAUAUAGAUUUUUAUAUAUUGAUUUCGUAUAUAUAAUAUCUUCGUUGGCAAAUACUGCUUGAGCUUGAGUUUAAAUACAAUUUAAACUAAAUAUAAAAUAUUAAGUUUAUGUUCUUUUACAAGUAGUUUUUGCCAAAAAAAAAUUGUAAUCGUAAAUUAUUUUUUUUUAUUUUUAAACCAAAGCUCAACUAUCCGUAAUUUGUCACUGUACCUCGGGUUUAUGUAGAUCAUCAGCUUUCGAUACAUUUGUACUAAUUUUCUGUUGAAUUAACCGUUUAUUAACUGAAAGCUAAUAAAAGAAACUUUAUUUA